UGUCUCCCGUCGCGUGACUGGCGGUUGCGAAUGAAACGGCUCUCCAGCGCAGCCUGGGGCUUUCCGACCCGCUGCAGGGCUCCUCACUGCCAGCUGGAACCCUCGGGUCCCCGGGGCUGCGCCCCGCGAGUCGCAGCCCUCGCAGCGCAGGCGCAGUAACCACAGUGGCGGCGGCGGCUGCCAGUCCCGGGCCCAGCCGAGGGUGCUCAGGCCGCGAAACCGAAGCUUUUAUGUCUCCGACGAGGGCCGAGUCAGUGCGACGUUGAAAGCCUCGGAAGGUGGAGGACGGUAGAAUAGCAGUCAUGCUAGAAGACAAAGGUCCAAGAGUGAUUGACUACUUUGUAGUGGCAGGCCUCACUGAUACAUCUACCCUUUUGGAUCAAGAAAUAAAUCGUUUAGACACAAAAUCAACUGGACCCAAAGCUCCAAUUACAGACAUUGCUGUUAUUAUCAAGUCAGCAGGGGAAACAGUCCCUGAAGGUUUCACCUGUGUUGAAGCUACGCCAUCAGCUCUCCAAGCAAAUUUGAACUAUGGAAGCUUGAAAAGUCCAGAGCUUUUUCUGUGCUAUAAGAGGGGAAGAGACAAACCACCUCUUACAGACAUUGGAGUAUUAUAUGAAGGGAAAGAACGACUUAUUUCAGGUUGUGAAGUGAUCCAAGCCACACCCUAUGGACGCUGUGCCAAUGUCAACAAUAGUUCAACAAAUUCACAAAGAAUCUUUAUCACUUAUCGAAGGGCUCCUCCAGUACGACCUCAGAAUUCCCUGGCUGUAACAGAUAUCUGUGUUAUUGUAACUAGUAAAGGAGAAACUCCUCCUCAUACAUUUUGCAAAGUUGACAAGAAUUUAAACUGUGGAAUGUGGGGUUCCAGUGUGUAUUUGUGUUACAAGAAGUCUGUACCUGCGUCUAACUCAAUAGCAUAUAAAGCUGGGUUAAUUUUUAGAUAUCCUGAAGAAGACUAUGAAGCUUUUCCACUCUCGGAAUCUGUACCUCUCUUCUGCCUUCCUAUGGGAGCUACUAUUGAAUGCUGGGAUCCCCAAACCAAAUAUCCACUUCCAAUUUUUUCAACUUUUGUUCUGACAGCUUCUUCUGCAGAAAAGGUCUAUGGUGCUGCUAUCCAGUUUUAUGAGCCAUAUUCUCGGGAGCUGCUAACAGAAAAGCAGCUUAUGCAACUGGGCCUUUUGACACCUGUGGAAAGAAGAGUGGUCCCUAAAUCCAUCAAUUCAAACAAAUGCAUUUGUCUACUCUCACGCUGGCCUUUCUUUGAAGCUUUUAGAAAAUUUCUUAUGUUUAUCUACAAACUUUCAGUUUCCGGACCUCAUCCUCUUCCUAUUGAAAAGCACAUCUCACAUUUCAUGCAAAAUAUUCCUUUCCCAUCACCACAAAGACCAAGGAUUCUUGUUCAGCUAUCAGUCCAUGAUGCAUUAAUAUUGUCCCAGCCGGUUUUUACACCUUUACCACUAAGUGGAGCCGACUUCAGCACAUUGUUGAUGAAUCUGGGUCCUGAAAAUUGUGCAACCUUGCUUCUUUUUGUUCUGCUUGAAAGUAAGAUCCUGCUUCAUUCUCUUAGACCAGCUGUGUUGACAGGGGUGGCAGAAGCUGUGGUUGCUAUGAUCUUUCCAUUUCAGUGGCAGUGUCCGUAUAUUCCCCUCUGUCCUCUCUCUUUGGCAGGAGUGCUCAGUGCUCCCUUACCAUUUAUAGUUGGAGUUGACUCAAGAUACUUUGAUCUCUAUGAUCCACCACAGGAUGUUGUUUGCAUUGACUUGGAUACAAAUAUGGUAUAUAUAUCAGAUGAAAAGAAGAACAUGAAUUGGAAGCAGCUUCCUAAAAAACCCUGUAAAAAUUUGCUUAGUACUUUAAAGAAAUUGUAUCCCCAGUUGUCUUCAGUUCACAGAAAAACACAAGAAGGCUCAGCAGUGGAGAUGACCCCAAUAGAAGCAGAUUUCUCCUGGCAAAAGAAAAUGACUGAACUUGAGAUGGAAAUUCAAGAGGCAUUUUUACGCUUUAUGGCUUCUGUUUUAAAGGGAUAUCGGACAUAUCUCAAACCAAUCACAGAAGCUCCUUCAAAUAAAGCUACUGCUGCAGAUUCAUUGUUUGAUCGUCAAGGAUUUUUAAAAAGCCGAGAUCGUGCAUAUAUGAAAUUCUACACUCUUUUAACUAAAACCCAGAUUUUUAUCCGUUUCAUUGAGGAGUGCAGCUUCGUAAGUGAUAAAGAUACUGGACUUGCAUUUUUUGAUGACUGCAUAGAAAAGCUAUUUCCUGAUAAAGGCACUGAAAAAACAGAUAAGGUUGAUUUAGAUUCAGCAGAAGAUACCAGAUUGAUAGAGCUAGAUGAUUCCCAAAAGAGUGAACAUACAGUAUUAAUAAUGUCACCAGAGCCACCUGCCAAUGAUGGACAAGACCUGUCUCCUAAAUACAGCUACAAAAACUUCCCGAGACUGGAUCUUAAGCUUUUUGAUAGACCACAGGCAUUGAAAAUUCCCUUUAACAGACAUCCUGCAGGAAAUAACAUUUCAAACAGUCCAGCCCUCAUGGCUAAAAGGACUAAACAGGAGAUAAAAACAGCUCACAAAUUGGCCAAGAGAUAUUAUACAAACCCACCACAGUGGGCUAAGUGCCUAUUUAGUCAUUGCUACAGCUUAUGGUUCAUUUGUUUGCCAGCUUAUGUUAGAGUUUCUCAUCCUAAAGUGAAAGCAUUGCAGCAAGCAUAUGAUGAACUUAUUAAGAUGAGGAAAUUAGAUGUGGAUCCACUGGAUGAGGUAUGCUAUCGUGUUGUAAUGCAACUUUGUGGACUUUGGGGUCAUCCUGUUCUAGCCGUUCGAGUCUUAUUUGAAAUGAAAAUUGCUAAAAUACAACCAAAUGCUAUUACCUAUGGUUAUUACAAUAAGGUAGUUCUGGAGAGCCCAUGGCCUAGCAGUAAUCGCAGUGGUAUCUUCUUGUGGACGAAGGUACGGAAUGUGGUGUGUGGCAUAGCACAAUUUAGGCAGCCACUUAAAAAGGCCACCCAGAUAUCAGCUCCUCGGAUUCCCACAGGUGGAAGUGAUGGGGACACGGUGAGCCAUGGUAGCGUGGAUAGUUCUAAUGAUGCUAACAAUGGGGAGCACACACUCUUCGUCAGAGAUUUAAUCAGGCUUGAUUCCAUUGAUAAUCACUCUAGCACAGGUGGUCAGUCUGAUCAAGGAUAUGGGUCAAAGGAUGAACUUAUAAAGGAUGAUGCAGAAAGUCUUCAUGUACAAGAAGCACAAGUUGAGGGAGAAUUGUUAACUAAGACAAAAGCCCAGAGAGACAAAGUUUCUGAUGUCCCUGAAAAGCUACAGCAGCUGAGUCCUGAACCUUUUAAUCCUGCAGAAACACCCACGUGGGGAAGCAGUAUUGUGAAAGUUCCAUCAGGCAUUUUUGAUAUCAGUAGCCGGAAAAGUAGCACUGGUAGUACAUCAAAUAUCCUGUUUUCUGCUCAGGAUUCUGUUGAGGAUACGGUAUUCACUGAGGUGUCUAACCUGAAAACUAGUGACAAAGGAGAGAAAAGACAAAAACAUUUCUCAGAAAGGAGUUGUAGUUUUAGCUCUGAAAGUCGAGCAGGAAUGUUGCUUAAAAAAAGCAGUUUGGACUCAAAUUCUAGUGAAAUGGCAAUAAUGAUGGGAGCAGAUGCCAAGAUCCUUACUGCAGCAUUGUCCUAUAAUAAGAUGCCACCAUUUCAUCUUCAAAGAGACCAGAGCUUAGACAGUGUGGGUGGCCCACCGACCGAUACAAGGACUCCUACAUGUGCCGGGGCUUGGGGGGCAGAGUAUAGCCUGGGAAUGCUGGAGGAAGGGCAAGAACAGCCAGACACUGUUGGUGAAGGUGAGGAUGAUGCAGCCACAACCACCACGGCUGAGGAUAAACUCACAGAACCAUGGAGUGGCAAUCAGUCCAGAGACCUAAAAACAGAACCCAAAUAUAUAAUAAACAAAAGAAAUAGUUCUUAUAGUGGAGCCAAACCAAUUGAAAGGGAGGAUGUUGAAACUGGGCUUGACCCUCUGUCUCUGUUAGCCACUGAGUGUAUAGAAGGGAAGCAUUCUGACUCCGAGGAGAAGAUACUGUCUCCAGUUGUGGCACGUAAUCUGGCAGAUGAGAUAGAGAGCUACAUGAACUUGAAAAGUCCUUUGGGGAGCAAGUCCUCCAGCAUGGAGUUGCACAAACGAGAAAGUAGAGGAUCAGCAGAAUGUGUGUCUGGUGCCUUCACUCCCUCUCUAGAGCGGCGGUCUAGCCUGCCCUUGGAUCACAGUCCACCAGUUCAGGAAAAAACGGAAAAGCAGAGGAGUCCUCCUUCUGUAUCCAGGUCAAAAACUUUCACGGGACACUCCAAACAGCAGACUCCCUCACGAGCCCAUAAAGAACGUUCCACAUCUUUGUCAGCACUCGUGCGUUCUUCACAACAUGGAUCCUUGGGCUCUGUAGUCACUUCCUUUUCAGGAAUAAAACUGGACAAUAUUUUGUCUGGACCCAAGAUAGAUGUUCUGAAGUCUGGUAUGAAACAAGCAGCUACAGUAGCCAGUAAGGUGUGGGGAGCUAUGGCCUCUGCUUAUAAUUAUUCAGAUGAUGAGGAAGAAUCCAGUAGAGAUUAUAGCUUUCCUGCUGGUUUAGAAGACCAUAUUUUGGGAGAUGACCUAACAUCAAAAGUGUGUGUCUCAGGGCUAGUCACCAGUGAACUCACACAAAGCAACACGAGUCUUGGCAGUAGCAGCAGCAGUGGGGAUGUAGGGAAAUUGCCCUAUCCAACAGGUGAAAUCCCAUUUCCAAGAGGCAUAAAGGGUCAAGACUUUGAAAAGUCAGAACAUGGGUCUUCUCAGAAUACCAGCAUGUCCAGCAUCUACCAAAACUGUGCAAUGGAGGUCUUGAUGUCAAGUUGUUCUCAAUGUAGAGCUUGUGGUGCUUUGGUUUAUGAUGAAGAAAUUAUGGCUGGAUGGGCUGCAGAUGAUUCAAAUUUGAAUACCACCUGUCCAUUUUGUAAAAGCAACUUCUUACCCCUCCUUAAUGUGGAGUUUAAAGACUUACGUGGCUCUGCAAGCUUCCUUCUGAAGCCAAGCACUUCUGGUGACAGUUUACAAAGUGGAAGCAUUCCCUUAGUGACGGAUCCUCCAGAACACAAAUCCAUGACAAGUCCGCCAGAACCUGACCUGAUGACCAUCGCGGAUUUCCCAAAGCAUGGCCAGGUCAUAGCUGAAGCUGAGCCGAGUGUUGAGCUAAAGGAAGAGAGUGUGAAAACUUCAUCUGUAGCUAAUAAUUUUUCAAGUCGAGGAGUAUCUUUGACUCGAAGCCACAGUGUUGGAGGCCCUUUGCAAAAUAUUGAUUUUUCUCAGCGGCCUUUCCAUGGCAUUUCAACAGUUAGUCUGCCAAAACAGUUUUACAGGAAGUUGUGUUUAGAUCCAAUUUUUACACAUGAUACUCCUCACCAUGAUCCUUUAAGGAAGAGACCCAACCCCUCCCCUGUUUCAGUGCCUUACUUGAGUCCAUUAGUGCUUCGUAAAGAACUUGAAUCUCUGUUGGAGAAUGAGGGAGAUCAAGUGAUUCACACAUCUUCAUUCAUCAAUCAACAUCUCAUUUUCUGGAAUCUGGUUUGGUAUUUCAGAACGUUUGACCUUCCUAGCAAUUUGCCAGGACUUAUCCUCACAUCUGAACACUGUAACAAAGGAGGCCAGCUUCCACUUUCAUCUCUGUCCCAGGACAGCAAACUAGUAUAUAUUCAGCUAUUAUGGGACAAUAUCAACCUUCAUCAAGAACCUGGAGAGCCAUUGUAUGUUUCUUGGAGGAACCUCAACUCAGAGAAGAAAUCAUCCUUAGUAUCAGAAGACCAGCAGGCUACAAGCACUUUAGUAGAGAACAUCAGGCAAAGCAUUCAACAUAACGAUGUUCUUAAACCUAUCAACCUUCUUUUGCAAAAAGUGAAGCCAGAUGUAAAACGACAAAGGAGUUUAUACAGAGAAAUCCUCUUCUUGUCAUUGGUGUCUCUUGGAAGAGAAAACAUUGAUAUUGAGGCUUUUGACAACGAAUAUGAACUUGCAUAUAAGAGUCUGUCCGAAGAGGUUCCUGGAAAGAUGCAGAAAAUUGAUGCUCCCCCCAGUCUCAGUGUGGAGUGGUGCAGGAAGUGUUUUGGAGCACCUCUCAUUUAAAUGAGAGAUCACUUUGAACUUUUAUAGCACAUGUCAAUCCUGGGCAGCAAGCUACGCCAACCUGGGAGCAUUCAGGUUUGAUUCAUGCUCCUGAAAACUGGUGAAAACUCUGACAGUGUCUGGUGUGUUCCUGACAGAUCUGCAGCUCAUCAUCUGUUCGUUGCAUUUGAGAGUCUCUCAUUUUUAAAAAAAUUAUUCUUUUGUUUCUCCUGACAGAAGUUCUUUGGAUUUUUUCAGAAGUAUCCAGGAUUCUUUUGUUAGAAAAAAAGAAUGAAAAGCCAAGCUUGCUAUAGGCAUUUUGUUGAUAGAUGUUUGGGGGAGCUUUCAGAGUUGGGGAAAAGUCAUUGUUAAUCUCUCAAGUCCGAAGUGAAGCUAAAGGGCCCCAAUUCUAGGAGCAAGACCUAGAGGAAAGUGGAUUUUUUGUGUGUACAUACUUGUGUGUUUUUGUAGAUGUAUGCAUAUUCGGCCUUUGUAAUAAGUGUAUAUAUUUAUUAAAACUGUUAGAUUGCACAUUGCAAUACGACUUUCUCAAAGGGUCUCAUGACCAGUGAAUUGUUGACUGCUGACCAACUGGGCUGUAGUUACUACUAGUCAAAAUUUUCUGAAACUCUGACAACUGCCCUGUCACUGGCUUUAUUUUAAAUUUAAUAUAUGCUUUCACUCUUCAUUUAUAUGUUUUUUCUUGAUGGAAUGUUAUACUCCUGAUAUCCAAUUUCCUUCCCCUUGUUACUCUUUCCUGGUACCAAGAUCACUUACUUGGAAGGUGGAAAUGUUUCUACAAGCUAAUUAGGGAGUUUAAAUGAAUUUGAAUCUAAGUUUCGUAAUGAUUGACAGAAUUAAUUGGAACUUGAUCCUUUUAAAAAAAACAAAAAUUUGUCCUUUAGCCUGAAUUCUUUCCUCUCAGGCACACCUCUGUCACUUUUUUUAAACCUGUGGGAUACCUUGCACUGCAAAUGGAAGUUUAAUAUUUGUAAUGUUUGAAAGUUAGUACUUGUAGAUUUGCAUGCACACAAUCCCGAGUGUGUAUGUGUAUAUAUUUUUUUACGAACUGAAUGAAUUAAGUCUUAAAGGUUGAAGCUUUUGAGCUUAUUAUAGUCAGUAGAUUUAAGAAAAAUCAUGACCUCACAUGCCUCACUUAGCAUUUUGUCAUGCCUUAUAUGCCUUCUAUUAAAAACACACCUUGUUGAGUGUGUUCGCCUUAGCUUCCUUUAUGGGACUAAUAUGCUUCCUGUCAAUUGAUCUGAUAUUCAUAUUAAGGUCAAUUUUCAUUUCCAGGAACCACUGUAGAUGAAUUAAAGAAAGCAGUUGCUUCAAAAUAGGCACUUCUGAAUGGUGUAACUUAAAAGCACAAAGCUGCCUUCCCCCUGGUGUACAUUCUGUUUAAAUGACCCUAUAAUCAUUGUACUGUUCUGCAUUUCUGGAUUUAUCAGCUUAAUGCCAAUGCAGGACUCUAGUGUCAGGUCAUUGUUGAGAGUGCUGGUGGUAUAAUCUCAUGUCAGAAAUUACAUGUAACAUGACAACUGAACAGGUGACAUGACUAAACAGUUUUUAUAACCAUUACUUUAAAAAAAAAACAUAUUUUGCACUAUUUGUGGAGAGGAUAUAUUUUUGCAAUUUAGCCCUGGUUUUUCUCUGUCAUUUAAGUUUGUAAUAUUUAAAAGUCACACUUAUUGACAAAAGUAAUUCAGAAUUAACUUGC